UCCCGCUUAUCAGCCUAAAUUUCUAAGACACAGAUUGCCUACUAUCUAAGGUAUGCAUGCUGCAAUGACUAGUCCGCGAACGAAGGAGGCUAUCACGGCCUGGCCACAACAAGUGGAACGCCUCCAGAAUUGUGAACAUUCAAGAUGCAACCACCACAGCAAUUACUACUGUACAAACACAACCACGGCAUUAGUGGCUAUGUUAGCACCGCCUCUCGACGUCCCAUUUCAGCCAGCCUCAGUCGCCCACCCAAUGCCCAAUGGUUACAAGUUGCGCUGAACAUGAAGUAUAACAAGGUCGAGUCCGUCCAUUUGUAGACGCUUUGAUCGGCAAAACUUCAUGUCUACACUGUACCACUACCUCAUUGAGCAGAGCAAAGUCGGUGGUCAAUGGACCUACUCCACACGCAAUUCGGUGCGAGUCUCGGAGGUGUGGGAGCAUAACGAUGGGCGGAGUCGACGUUAUUCAAGCCGUUCCAUGGUUUUGUCCCAGCCCGAUGUAAAGAACUGGCUGCAGACUUCCAAUGGCCAAGCAACGUCAUCAGGCUCAGACAGCGAGAGCAGUAUUCGACGUCUUCGCGCCGUCUGGAUUCCCCGCUUGGUCCAGCAACAAAAAUUUGACGUUAACGAAGACAUCUUCAACCUCGUCCAUGAUGAGACUGAGCUUGGCCUUGCCCAGAAGUAUUGCAAGACAAACAGCGCUGGCAUUGGGACGGUACCAAGCCGUUCGCCAACACGACCCUCGCAGCAUUUCACUUAUCACUCCAAGAUCUCAUUGGUCUGGACAGCAGAUGUGGAACAGCAGGUGACAACCAUGAUAUGCGUUGCCGAUGAGCCGAGACUGAACAUCCUUGAAGGUUUGAUCAACCAGGAGUUCGCCCAACGUGUAGCGGGACAUCAGUUGGGAUGUGCUCUGUUCAGUAUUGUCUUGUUCACUCAGGACAUACAGGACAUACAAGAAGAAAUGAAACAGCAGGUUCGUGAGGUUGAGGUCCGCACAGGACACCACUGGAAACCUCGAAAGGAAACACCUGCUCUUGGAGACCUAAUUGCACUAGCAGCGAAGAUGAGCGGCAGCAAGACGAGGAUAGAUUCAUGCCUUCGUAAGCAGAGUGUACUGAAAGCGAUGAUCAGCUUCAUCGAGAAAGAAAGUCGCUGCACAUGGAUCGACGACGAUGAAGACAUGGCUUCCUAUGAGCCGUCGGGAAGUAUCCUCAAAUCCGUCGCUGUUGUCAAGCAGCGCGUAGCAGGUCAGGAAAUUGACAUGACUUUUAUCCAACGUCGAGUCAGGACGCAGAUUGACGCGAUCUAUCACCUGAUUCAGGAGGAUGAUGCUUUGUCUGCAGGUGAGAUGGCUCGCGACUGCAAAUUGUUGGCUAUGGCUUCGCAACGUGAUUCGGCGAGCAUGAAAUGCAUCGCCGUUGUCACUAUGCUUUUCCUACCUGGUACAUUCGUGGCGGCCCUCUUGAGUAUACCUCUGUUCGAUUGGCAGGCGAAAUCAACAGAGUUGAUGUACCGUACCUCGUACUGGAAACCGAGGAUCACUAUCUUUCUCGCUCUAACAGUGCCCAUCACAUUGUUGACAUUCGGCGUAUGGGGUUUCUGGACUCUGGGACACCUCGUCAAGGACAGAAAAAAGAUCGCGUCUGCACAAGCACAGCUACAUCUGGAGGAUGAGACAAGGACUUUGUCGAUGAAGAGGAAACUGUUGAUCGAGCAAUCUUAGCAUGGAAAUCCCUUGAGAAGACGUAGUCUGUUAAGGCUUACACGGUAGAGGUACACUGGAAGGCGCCAAGGCCUCAUGGCGGAAAAUUGGCAGCGGCGGCGGGAUCGACGUAUGAUCUCUACUCUUUUCGGUGG